AUCAUGAACAGUUAACAUGUUCCUCCCGUUCGUAUGAUUGGCUGAAAGCUUUGUUAUUGGCUAUAAAAGCAGCAUCAAAGUUGUAUUUCCAGCACAUGCAAUUUAGUUUCUACAACUCGCGUAACUGGUGGAAUAUUUAAAGCAAGUUUUUCAUUUAAGAACAUCUGGAAUCACCACCUGACUUGAUUAGAUUUCGACCUCUUCUCGAAGCUCCUCGGAUAUUUUACACGGCUGCACUGUUGUCUUUGCCAUGGCCUGUCUACAGUUAACGGGGUUUAUGAUCAGCUGUUUUGGCUGGAUUGGAAUUAUAGUUGCCACUGCCACAAACGAAUGGGUUUUGACCUGCAAGUACGGGGUUUCUACCUGUAAGAAAAUGGACGAACUGGGAGCCAGAGGUCUGUGGGCAGACUGUGUCAUUUCCACGGCGCUUUACCACUGCAAAUCACUCAAUCAAAUCCUCACAUUGCCUGCCUACAUCCAGACAGCUCGAGCCCUGAUGAUCUCAGCCUCUAUCCUGGGGCUGCCUGCCAUCCUCCUCGUGAUGAUGUCUCUACCGUGCAUCAAUCUGGGCAGCGAGCCACAAUCAAUAAAACACAAGCGUUCAGUACUGGGAGGAGUACUCGUUCUACUGGUAGGUAAGUCUCCCAUGUGUGAUGUCCAUUUUGUUUUACGUGAGAUACAGGGAACCAGUAGGCUACUGUAUAUAUGAUAAGCAUAUUUUGGGACCUGCAUUCAUUAUUUAAAAAAUGCCAGUGUUUAGAUCCCCCAUCAUUUAAAUAAAUUGAAUAGACCCCAUUUUGGCAAACACAGCAGGUAAACAUACAUUUUAACUGGGCAGGAUGUGCUCAAUUACCGUGCUUAUGGACACUUAUGGAAUAAAAAAAAUAAGAAGAAAAUAAAUAUUUUAGAAUAACCCCACUGGGGAUAUGAACACAAAGAGGUUUCCAUAUCUAGUUUUACAGGAGAACCCCUCGUCCAAUUAUGAUGAAACUGUAAAUCUAGAAAGACGCUUAUCCAAUAAGAUAAGAAAGUCUUUAUUAGAAACGAAAGACAAAAUCUGUGGGGGGGUGUCUAUGGAGAUGUCUGUCUUUCUGUCUUUAAAUACACAUGUAUGUCACACUCACCGGGAAUGCAUGUCAUGGAAGGCUAUCUUUUCAUGAUUUUGAGCUCUAUUAUGUAUGUUACCAACACACUAGUUCUGUUUAUGUUCUAUAACAAACCAUUAUUAUCUUGAGAGCACCUGGUAGUUACAGUAUAUAAUGGCCUUAAACUAAUAGAAAACCAAUACCAAUUUGCUUGGUAUUUUAUAUUUAACCCAAUAUAAUACUAGGGGUUCCUAUGAAAGCCCAGUGAACCACAAUGGUACUGUAAAGAACACCCAGCAAGUGAAUGUUUUUUUUUAUUAUUAUUUCAUUUUUACUAACAGCAUGGGCAAAAUAGCCAAAUUACUAUAGAACUCACAUAACGAACUGUAUAUGUCAUUUAAACAAAAUGGACCUUUAGAAAUUGAUACCUUUAGAAAUUGUAUCUGAAUUCUGUUUAUUCAAGCUGUGAACUAGAGCGCCCCCUAACAUUUCCCGCUAGUAUUGUAUGUAAUGGGUAUGAACUCAACCUGAUUCUAUGCACUGUACUGCUGAAGCCUUUUCCACAUCCUGGGAGACGUUCCGAUAAAAAAGGGCUGUAAAGACGAUUCUUCCUAAAUUUAGUACACUAAAAAAUAAAUAUUGAUUUGCUGUAACCCCUUAAUUAGGUCAUUUUGCAUCUUCUUAACAACGGAAUAAAAGUCUACAUGUUUUUAAAGUGUGUGUAUUGGAUACUGGAGAGACUGUUUCUUUGGCUGUACUAAAAACGAGAGAAGGUAUUUCAAACCAGUGAGCUGACGUACAAAUUCAUCACACCAAUCUUUUACAUGGCUGCUCUACUUUUAUGGUUUUGUCGUAAUAAUCAAACAAACUGACCUGUUAAAGUACCGAUUUAAGCCACGCUUUGAUUUGAGUGAGGGUUGAUGGGGAGGGAGGGUAUAGCAAAUCAACUUAUUAUUUAAUAUGAAGAUAAUUCCCCAGUUGAAAAAAGCUUUGACAUUUGCCCUCUGGGUGGCAGACAAGCUUUAUUCACAGAAGCCCUUAUGGCACCUGUCCUUAUUUGUGCUAAAUGAAAGUAACCAGGAUACCUGUGCCAUUCAUUUAAGUUAACACGGCAUACAAUGCCAUGCAAUGAAUAUCGAUAAUUACAUGUUGAAAUGUAUACCUUGGGGGUAAUGUCAACUAAAUAAAUAUAGCAUUAAAUGUACAACAAUGCUUUUGGUUAUUUAUUAUGGUAUCACUAAAUGUUGUGCAAAUAAACACAUGUGUGCUUAAAACAUUCA